AUGGACCUGGACCCUAUCGACGGCGUCACCCCGCUGGUGGUGGCCGCGAAGGCCGGGACCAUCCAGGUCUGGAACACGCGGCACCCCGCCCUUGCCGUCAAGGCCGGGGACCGGAUCCACGAGGUUAACGGCGUGAGAAGCGACACGAGCCAGAUCAUCUCGACGCUGAAGGAGAGCACGUCUUGGAGGAUAGUGCUGCAGCGGCCGCGAGAGCUGGUGCUCAACCUCGUUAAGAAGCAGAGCACCGCCCCGGGUGCGCAGCCAGCGGUGGCGCGGCGCGCCAUGAUGUUCGAGCGCUUCACGGAGAAGACGAUCAAGGCCGUGAUGAUGGCCCAGGCCGAGUCGCGCCGGCUGGGCCAGGACCACGUCGGCACCGAGAUGCUGGUGGUGGGCGUGGUAGCGGAGGGCUCCGACGUGGGCUUCCGCGCGCUGGAGCACCUUGGCGUGUCCUUCGCGGACGCCCGCCUGAAGCUGGAGUUGGUGGUCGACAGCAGCACCAGCGGCGGCGCCAAGCUGGAGAUCCCCUUCACCAGCGGCGCCAAGAAGGUGCUCGAGGAGUCGAUCGAGUGCGCCCGCGCGCAGGGGAGCUCGUCUGUGGGCACCGCGCACCUGCUGCGGGCCGUCCUCGGCCAGCAGGAGGGCAACGGGACGAAGCUGCUCGGCCUGCUGCUGGGAUGCGACGACGCGGAGGCCGCGCGCGAGAAGGUGGCGGCCGCGCUGGAGCGCGAGGAGCAGGCUCAGAAGAGCAGCGCGCGCAGCUCCGCGCCGACCGCAGGCAGCGCGGGCGCCGCCAGGGCGUCCCCGCCCGCGGACGACGUGGACCUGACGCAGACGCUGAAGUACAGCAAGGACCUCACCCAGAUGGCCCGCGAGGGCAAGAUGGACCCGCUCAUCGGCCGCGAGGAGGAGCUCAAGCGCACCGUCCGCAUCCUGGGGCGCCGCUCGAAGAAUAACCCGGUGCUCGUCGGGGAGCCGGGCGUGGGGAAGACGUCCAUCGCCGAGGGCCUGGCGCAGAGCAUCGUGUCUGGGCGCGUGCCCUCGACGCUCAAAGACAAGCGCGUCGUGCAGCUCGACCUGGCCCUGCUGCUAGCGGGCACGCGCUACCGCGGGGACUUCGAGGAGCGGCUGCGCGCGGUCAUCAAGGAGGUCUCCGAGAGCAACCGCCGCGUCAUCCUCGUGAUCGACGAGGUGCACACGCUGGUCGGUGCCGGGGGCAGCGGGGCCGAGGGCGGCGGCAUCGACGCCGCCAACCUGCUCAAGCCGGCCUUGGCGCGCGGCGAGCUCCAGUGCAUCGGGGCCACCACCCUAGACGAGUACCGGAAGUACAUCGAGAAGGACCCGGCCCUGGAGCGCCGCUUCCAGCCCGUGAACGUGCCAGAGCCCACCCAGGAGGAGGCCGUGCUGAUCCUCGAGGGGCUGGCCUCGAAGUAUGAGCGCCACCACCAGCUGCGCUACACGCCAGAGGCGCUGGCCGCGGCAGUGAAGCUGGCCUCGCAGUACAUCUCCGACCGCUUUCUGCCAGACAAGGCCAUCGACGUGAUGGACGAGGCGGGGUCGAAGGUUCGCCAGCAGCUGUACCAAGAGGCGGCGGACGGCCAGACGGCCGCGGAGCUCUGGGCGGCCAGGCAGGAGAUCGAGUCGGUGCAGUCGCAGAAGAAGGCGGCGAUCGCCUCGGAGCGCUACGACGAGGCGCAGCAGCUGAAGGUACGGGAGGUGGAGCUGAGCGAGCGCCUGAGCUACCUGAAGCACGCCCAGAGCGGCGGCCACGCGCCAGGCGCGCAGGAGCUCCUGGACGAGCUCCGCGGCAUCAAGGCGCAGAUGCGGCAGCUGGUGGACGCAGAGUGCUUCGGCGAGGCGCACGAGCUCAAGAUCCGGGAGAACAACCUCAUGAAGCGCCUCUCGAAGAUCGAGGGCCUCGACAGCACGAGCGCCCUCGAGGCGGCAGACCGCCUCGUCACGCCCGAGGACAUGGCCGAGGUGGUGUCCACCUGGACGGGCAUCGCCGUGGAGACCGUUGGGGCGAGCGAGUCCCGGAGGCUGAUGGGCCUGGAGCGGAGGCUCCACAAGACCAUCGUGGGCCAGGGCGAGGCAGUCAGCGCGGUCUCCAGGGCGCUGCGCCGCGCACGCGCGGGGCUGCGGAAUCCGGACAAGCCCAUCGCCAGCUUCAUGUUCUGCGGGCCCACGGGCGUCGGCAAGACCCACGUGUGCAAAACGCUGGCGUCCACGUUCUUCGGCUCCGUGGACUCCAUGAUUCGCCUGGACAUGAGCGAGUUUAUGGAGAAGCACACGGUCUCGAAGCUCAUUGGGGCUCCGCCAGGCUACGUGGGCUACAGCGACGGCGGCACGAUGACGGAGGCGGUGAGGAGGCAGCCGUACUCGCUGGUGCUCUUCGACGAGGUCGAGAAGGCUCACCCCGACGUGUUCAACAUCAUGCUGCAGCUGCUGGACGACGGGCGCCUCACGGAUUCGCAGGGCCGCACGGUGUCCUUCGCCAACACGCUGGUUGUCAUGACGUCCAAUCUGGGCAGCAGGUCAGUGCAGAAGGGAGCUGGAGGCUCCUUCGGACUCGGCUUCGGCGCCGCAGAUGACGAGGAAGAAGAGAGCUACGCGGCCAUGAAGGAGCUCGUGAUGGAUGACAUGAAAUCGUUUUUCCGGCCCGAGUUUAUCAAUCGCCUGGACGAGGUGGUGGUGUUCAGGUCUCUUACGAAGGACGACGUGCGCGCGAUCGCCGAGGUCGAAUUUCAAAACGUGCUCGCGCGCCUUGGCGAGAGGGACCUCGACGUCACGCUCACCCAGGCGUUCAAGGACAGGGUGGUCGAGCUGGGCUACGACCCAGCCAUGGGCGCUCGCCCGUUGAGGCGGGCGAUCUCAAACAUGAUGGAGGAUACGCUGGCUGAGUAUCUGCUGGAGGCUGCUGGAGCGGAGGAGGACGAGGAAGAGGAUGCGGCGCGAGACUCGGAGGCCGAGGACGACAGCCAGGAUGCGCCUGCGGUGCGCCAGGCUGUCGUGCUGGACCUCGAUGGGGCCACCGGGAAAGCGACCGUCGUGCAGAGCAGCGGGAGCACCGUGGCGGUCUGA